CGUGUCAGUUUCCAGCUGUAGUCUCAAACAGUCCUUUCAAGACUCGGGAUAAGUAAACAGUAGAAAACUCUUGACUAACCCUGAGACGCUAUCUCAGUGCAUGAAGCCAUUUCUACUCCACUCCAUUCAAAUAUGCACUGAUUCCAACUGAUGAAAUUCCGAUUAACGUUUGAAACGCUUUAAGACUAUAAUAGCAAGUAUGGCAGAUGUUGGCUGACUACCAAAAGGUAUUCUCCUAAAGGCGCUAACACGAAUAGUCUUCUAAAAAGCAAAAGAAAUAGCGGCUACAGCUCAUGAACUUUGAUUAUUCUACAGUGUUAUCCUCUGGUCCAUGUCACUGUUCAGACAGUGCAAGGCAUUUUCUACGUGGACAAGAGUGAGGAAGAUGCUUGUGUGGCUAUAAGCAAAGAUAAUAGCCUAAUCCAGUCAGCACGGGAACAGGUCUGUAAAAGAUUGCAUCCAAUAUUUACUUUUCCCAUAUCUGACAAAGCGUCAUCCAGAUAAGAGCGUGUUGCCCCAGCCUAUAUCAGAAAUCUCGCGCUCCGGGGCUAAAUGGAGACGCUGGUGAACUCUGCGUUGCGCACAGGAGUACAUUUAUCUAAAGAACGAGGUCAUUCAUUGUAUUAAUCUUGGUUACAACCAUGUGCUGCACUGACAUGGAUCCGACAAACGAAGGAAACAACUGCAUCAAUCAGCUGGGUGGUGUGUUUCUAAACGGCCGACCACUACCUGCUUACAAGCGCAGGAUGAUGAUUGAACUAGCAUCAGAGGGUGUGAGACCUUCUCAGAUCUCACAGAUUCUUAAGGUAUCCAGUGGUUGUAUUAGCAAGAUACUCAACCGAUAUAAGAAAACCGGGAUGCUCUGCCCAAAGGCUAUUGGAGGAAGUAGACCUCGGAGGCUCACACCUGAUGUAAUAUCAACAAUUAUUCAACACAAGAAUGCGAGUCCAAACAUCUUUGCUUGGGAAAUUCGGCAAAGACUUCUGGCAGCAAGAGCAUAUGAAGCUGAGAAAAUCCCAAGUGUUUCCUCCAUCAAUAGAAUUCUGAGAAAGAUGAAGACUGACACUUUUGCCUCAAAUGCCAUCUAUGCAGAAAUUGUGAAUGCUGUACCAGGUCAGGGGAGUGAGGUAUCUGGGACAGAACACCUGGCUGUUCUUCAGUCAUCUAACCAUCAUCCAAGCAGUACCCAACAACGGAAUAGAACCAGUUUCAGCCCUAAACAAGCAGAGGCUCUCGAGCAAGAGUUCCAUCACAAUCACUAUCCAGAUAUGUUAGCUCGUGAAAGAAUAGCGAUACAAAUCAGUGUACCAGAGGACACCAUAAAGGUGUGGUUCUCAAAUAGAAGAGCCAAAUUGAGAAGGGAGAGUCAGACCAAGCAAAACAACUGUACAUCCCAUGGACCUGCAUCACUGCAUGAUGACAAGACAACUCUAUCCCAGACCUACCACCAGGAUAACAGAUUGUCUUCUUCUCAUAUAGGCAGAAAAUAUUUCCAGUUUGAUCCUUCUGAAAUAACUACUUUCUCAGAGAAUAGUACCGGAUUGUGUUGGGCCCACUAUCACUCUUUUCAGCCAACAUUUUCAUUUGGGCAUCCCCAAAAUGAGCAGACUCUCUUUGGCUCAUUUCAAUGAUGACAGAUCUUGGAACCAUACUAACAGAAUCGCUUUGACUGACAAGUGGAGAUUUGAUUGACAAGUGACAAGGCAUUAAAGAGGACCUUUAUGCCACCAACAUAUUAAUGGAGAGGUUCCAUUUCCCAAA